ACUCAGAGACCCAGGGAGAGAGAGAGAGAGUGAAAAGAGCAAGUAUUUACUCUGCUGUGACUCUGGCGUACUGAACUCAUCCCCAGAAGGAACAAACAAUACGUAUUCAGCUAAACUUUGAUCAAAGUUUUACUUUUGUCUGCUUUUGUUCGGCUGGAGAACAUCCUUCAGUCGUUAAGUUGGAGGAAACAAGGUGUUUAAGAUCCUCUGCUGUGCUCCCUCUUGAGUGACCUUCCAUCCCUCCUUCCUCCCCACCCUUUGACUCCACCUCUUCCAUGAUGUCCUCUCAGCCCACGCCCAUCCAGGGAUCACGACCCGUGACUCCUCCGCUGACCUCCGCAGGAUCUCCAAGUUCUCCGUUGUCAAGAGAGUCCCUGCAGCCUCCAGCCUGCAGACACAGAGACCGCUCGCCCUCCCCCAUGAGAGGCUACCUCAUCCCCAGCCCUCUGCCCACACGCAGAAACAGGACCUGCUCAGCGACGGCUCGUGCAUCAGAGGGUCCGGUGUUUACUGGUGUGUGUAAAUGUUUUUCCCGCUCCAAAGGUCAUGGCUUCAUCACGCCAUCCGACGGGGGCAAAGAAAUCUUUGUCCAUAUCUCAGACAUUGAGGGUGAGUACGUGCCGGUCGAAGGCGACGAGGUGAGCUACAAAGUCUGUUCCAUCCCUCCCAAACACGAGAAGGUUCAGGCGGUGGAGGUGACCAUAACUCACCUCAAGCCGGGAACCAAACACGAGACCUGGGCAGGACAUGUCAUCAGCAGCUGAACGCAGACCCCAGCAGGGGGAGGUGGGGGGUGGGUCAAGGCGGGAGGGAAGGGAGAUAAUAGAAGAAACUAGAAGGGAUGGAAGAGUUGAGAAGGGAGUACUGGAGGAUUAAAAAUGAGGGCAACGUUCCAAAUUCUCCUUGUUUAACAAUCCACAACAGCUGGGAUACGUCAGAGGAGACAUGGCUGAUAGCCUGAGGUAACUCUUCAAGGUUUCAGUCAGAGGGAAAUCCCAGUGAUCUCUCUUCUGUUGAAAUGUGGGAGACUUCCUCUGUCCUGCAUGGGAGACAAGUAACUACGAUUAACUACUAUUUUGGAAAAAAAAACAAACAAAAAACAAAAUAAAACAAACAGUUGGGUUGGCUGGUAUAUGAAUAGAUUGGUGAUUACAGUGGAAGAGAUGUUUAUCAUAGAAGGACUUAGAACAUUAGGUUUCUUGCUUAGAUUUUUAGAUCCCGUGUUGAAACUUGUUGGCACAUGCAUGUUUAAAAUUUUAUCUCAUUUGAUGAGGAAGUACAUUUCGGCUGCACGAGAGUGCCGAAGGGACAGAUGCGGGACGGCCUCGUUCUGCAUGUUACGCUGUCCUUGUUGCACUGUCCAGCACCAUGGGGUCAUUUUCCAGGUAUACUGUGUGUGCCUAUUUCUACCCAGAGAACUGACAGCUCUGUUUGUGCCUACUUAUACCAGUCUAUCAUCUGUAUUUGAUCAUGUGUGGGUGAAUUAAAGCAUUUUUCAACAUAAACGUUUAUCUUAAUGGA